AUGGCGUAUGCGCGGAAGGUGGAGCAGUGGGGGUCGGCCGUGCUGGAGGCGGCCGCGGCGGACUCGAGUCCGGCCAAGUACCCCCUGUCUGAGCUGAAGGAUGUGAGUAGUUUGAUCGUCUCCAACACCUCCGGGCGGGAGCAGUUGGAUUCCAUCCAGAAAGAUGGCAUCAACCAGGUGCGGCUGGUCCGCGGGGACGGCAACUGCUUCUACCGCGCCAUGGGCUUCGCCUUCUUGGAGGCGCUGGCCUGUAGCACGCUGGUAAAGGCUGAGAUUGAUGUGUUUGGAUAUACUUUUGAUACAGGAAAAUAUUCAACUAUUGAGAACAGAAUGUACUACGGUUUGUGCGCUAUGUAAUUUGAUCAAAUUCAUUCACCGAAUUUCCACAUAUACAACAGUCCAAGGCCGCGAAGCGCGAGCGGUUGGAGAAGUUCCUUCUCCCGCCCGCGUUUGUCACGGAGAUCGAGCAGAAAGCGGUGCAGCAGUUUUCGAAACUGCUCAAAGAGCUUCGGGAUCUGGUAUCAAGUGCAAAAUUGUCUGGGUCUGGAAGAAUUCAUGUUUGUCAUGCUUGUCUGGCAUGACUCUUGAAUCUGUCAUGCACGUUGCCCAAGAGCUCCGCUUUUCUGUGAUGCAGAAGCGCAGUUUGUCAUGCAGAAUAGGCAACACCUAGGAGCUCAGAAACCUGUCAUGCUGAGCCAGCAUUUGUAGCCUCAUCAUGAGACGCCACCCAGCAUCACAAGUUUCCAGACCUCCAGGGAUUUUUACUUUUGAUAUCUGGUCACGGACAGCAAGAAACUCCACUUCACCCUGAUGACCUCCCAGCACAUGGAUCUUUUCGUCGUGUGGCUGGUGCGGCACGGGAUUUCCCGCCACAUGCGCGCGGAGAAAGAUAACAACGUCGGGGAGUUUGGGGGCGGGACGCUGCAGGAACUGACGAAGCUCUCCUUUGGCAUGGAUCUGGAGGACUACAUCAAUUCCGAGGUGCUCGCCAUGGGAAAGGAGGCGGAGUCCUUGGUUUUAACUUCCGCGGCGUACUUUUUUGAAGCGAAAGUGGAUGUCGUCCCCUUGGACGAGGAAAAUCCGGAACACACGAAAACCCACGAGUACCCGACGGCAGAUUUCCAAGGCCCGGGGGGGCAAUUUUUUCUCUUGUACAAACCGGGCCAUUAUGACUUGCUGUACAAGGACAAAGUGUCCCACACCUUCCCGAAAGUUGUGCCGAAAGCCGGGAACAAUUCGGGAAUGAUGAACGGUACUUCUAGUGUCGGUCCGAGCUUGCAGGAAUCUGCGGACGGUGCGAACAAUGCGAAACAAGAGAAAAAUGCUGGUGAAACAAAAGAAAAUAACCCAGACGGUGGAAGUUUGAAAGAGCCGACGUCGGAGAACCCAGGAGCAGGUACAGCUAACAACAAAAAGGACCAAACGAACGCGAACAAGUACAAUGGCCUCAUGGCGCCCUGUUCCUUCUGCACGGAGGUGUCGGAUUUAAGCAAGGGGGUUCUCCUUUCGCACGGGAACUGCUUCCACUGGUUCUGCGAGCAGUGCGCCCCGCAGCUGGAGGGAUUGAAGACCUGUCCGUUGUGCCAAACCGCAAUUGUCACCAGCGAGGAGGACCACCGCGCGCACGUGAAAACCUGGGGCAGCAUCAUGCGGAACCAACACUCCGCGGCGGCGGCCGGCAGUUGGGCGGCGAAAGCGAAUUCCGCAAAACACAUUCAGAGUCCGAUAAAACAGGCUCCGAAGGUAAAUUUGCUUUAUUGUGUGUAUGCAGCACAGCACAUCAUAAUUAUGAUGCUGUCAGGGUUAUAGUAUAGUUGUACUCAUAAGCGGUCUAUGACCCAUAAUCAUAAAGCCAAUCCACUCCAUGAUGGAACAUCAAUCAAACUUCACAAAACUCAGCCCUCCCUUGGUUUUGGCGUACUCGGAAUGGACGACGACACGAUAAUUCGCAUGCCAUUGGAAGAGCGGAGGAAAACGCUCGUCGAGAAGCUCCGCGCCCUCGCUCAGCAGCUCGCGGACGGGCCGAGCGGAAACAAUAACGCCAACAACGCGAACAGCCGAGGAGACCAGCGGGGGAACAAUAACCGAGGCGGGAACAACAAUAACCAGAACCAGAAGAACAACAAAAACAACAUGAAAACUGAUGAACGGGUCCUCUACACGACGCAUUUCUGCAACGCGGACUGGGGUGCGGACCGCAUCACCCUCGCGAACAAGAUCGAGGCGAAGUUCAUCAACGGGAAGAACCGGGUGACCCGGCAGGGGAUCGAGCGCCGGUCGGGGGCGAUUUUGGAGUUGCUGGGGAAGCACGAGAAACAGGUCUGCAUCGUGAUCGGCACCCCGAGGGAACGAGCGGUGGCGAUCUGCUGCAUUGAGAUCAUUCGGGAACAGUCGAUGAGUGCGGUGUUACACGCGAAGAAGGUCGUGAAAGCGCUGGAGCGGUGUCACAGCUACAAAUCGGCGGUGCUCAGGCCGUACUGGUUGACGGAAAUCAUCAUGGUGGAGGUGAACAACGGGCGGUGCCUUAAAAAUUUCCCCAACACGCUGAAAGAGAAGGAGACGCAGGCAGCCGGGAUCGCGAUCGCGACCACCAAUAGGGAAGAGUCGGAGGCGCAGUCGACGUGCAUCUGCAUAUCUGCGCUGAACAUGGACCUGCUGGAAGGGGCGGUAUAAAUUUCUAUACUGUUUUGUUUCUUUUUUUUGCGAAUAAUUUGCAUGGGUAGUUUGAUUUGGCUCGUAAAUGACUGUACCACGCCGCGGCUUGGUCGUGUCGUAUAUAGAAAAAGAUUUUUAUACCAAUACGUCUUAACAGCACAGGACCUUAUGCUCUAUAAAACAAUAACGUAUACAGGUGAAGGAGUACCUGAAAACGUUUCCCGACGUGAAGAUUGUGGCGGAGAAGCGGUGGAAGCAGCCCACCACUCCGGCCGAAAACCUCGCUGCACAGCAGCCACCGCAGAUUGUCCACCAAAACCAGAGGCGAGACCCCAGCCCCGAGAACGUGGUUUCUUCCACCGCGAGUCAGUCGCCGUCCGAAGACACGGGUUUGCUCAAGUCCAGUUCCGACACCAAUACGUUAGAAAAUCAUCAGCAGCAAGUCGGACCACCCGGGAUGAUGGUGAAUAACACUCUGUUAACCUCCGCAGAAAUAAACAAUCCACCGCCGGCGCAGGUCGUCGGAACUGUCCCCUCGCGGUUGAUGGAGCGGCCCUUGGAUCAGUACAGCGACGCCACCAUCCCCUCCGGUGUGGGCACGCCCUCCAACGGACCGGGGGCUUUUGUAGUCUCGGGAGUUGCGGGGGCAGCUACUUUGGACUUACCCAGCGACAUGCAGAUGCCACAAACGUCGAACAGCGUUGCUGGUGAGCACCACGUCGAACAACAGAAUAGUCUGGGAAUUAUGCCUGGUGUCGUGCUCGGAACAUCUUCACAUCAAGGACCACCCACACAGCAAACCGCUAAUCCGCCUCCAGAGCUUUUGUCCGACAGCUCGCACCCGACCAUUGUCUCUGCGAAUGUGAGCAAGCAAUUCCUGCCGCCACCGAGAACGAGCAGCAUGGAGCAGAAACAACUGGUGGAACAGCAACAGCAGCAGGCACAAGGCAAUAUCGGGGGCAAUGUUAUGAAUCAUAACCUGCCUCCUGCGAACAUAAUAUCUGUUGGUACAACAUCUGCCGGGGUCGCGAACGCACCCGUUGGAGGUGGUGCUGGUUCUGGUACAGCUGGUGCAGCUCCUGUGUACGGUACGAACAACAGCAACAACCCGCUGGGCGCAGCGGCAGGUUUGGUAAAUAAUAGCCAGCAACAGCAGAUGGGUCCGGUAUCGGUUCCGCCGAAUCAGCAGCCUACGCCGCAAUGGACAUCGCAGAACCCUCCGGGACAACAUCUUCCGGGGGCGCACGCCAAUAAUCUGGGCGGUACUAUCCCGCAAGUUGUACAACAACAACCCUGGGAACAACAGACGCAGCAGCAGCAGCAAGGCAGCCAGCAGCAAAACCUGAACCAAAUCCAAAACCCACCACCAUGGGAACAGAACAAGAGCCGAGCAAAUUCCACGGCAUCGAAUCACAGCUACAAUCGGUACAACAACCAGCAGAACCAGCACCUGGGAAAGCCGCCCAUUGCUCCGAAUCAGACAAGCAGCGGGCAGAAUCAGAACAGCAGUAGACCGGAUCAUGUUGUUGGGUCGGCGUCGGGAGGUGCAACUACUGCUGGUGCACAGGGUGGAGUUGUCGGGCAGCAUGUGGCGCAGCAACCGCAGCAACAAAUGGUAAACCAGCAGAACAACCUCCAGCAGCAACCAAAUCAGCAGCAGCAACAGGGAAUGAAUCAACAGCACAUCAUGAUGGGGGCCGCGAACAAUAAUCACAGUACAACUAUCUCCGCGCAACAACAUCAGCAGGUUGUGGUGCAACAGGGUACUAAUGCAAUGGCCACCACAACAGGUGGUACUGUCGACGCGCUGCAGCAGAGCCAGAGUCAGAGCUUGCAGGGAUCGAAGCAGUCUUUAACUCCGACGGAAAACAGCCUGAUGCAAAUCCCGCAGCAGAUGCCGCCCCAGGUUUCUGCGUUGGAGCAGCUGGCGGGGAACCAGCAAGCGGGGAAUACUGGUGCCAUGCGUAGUGGCCUAGUUGUGUCUCAACAUCAACAGCAGCUCGGUGCUGGGCAGCAACAGCUGCAGCAGGCAAACACGACCAACGUUGCAACUGCGACAGGCACCGCUAGUAACACGGUGGUACAGCAGGGGGCCCCGACAACCUCAAACGCCACGAAUCCAGCUACCGCCCAGAUGGGCAGCACGCCUGGCGUGGUGGGAUGGGCAGCUUCUAUGGGGGUCGCUAGUACUCAGCAGCAGCAGCAAUCAGGGCAACAACAGCAGCAGUCAGGGCAGCAACAGAUUGUGGGCAACAGUAAUAAUCCACUAUCGCAGCAGCAAACAAGUUUCAACGCUGCUGCUCCUGCUGUGUCGAAUAAUACCACUUCUGGUGUUAAUGUGGGGAACGGCAACUUUCUGACGCCGCAUCACCAGCAUUUGCAACAGGGCAACCAGCGAGCAAACCAGGUCCAGCAGAUGAACAACAACCCGAUGUCUACUAUGCAGCAACACCAGCAUAAUUUAAACAGUGCCGGUGCACAACAGCAAACGCAACAGCAGCGCGGGAAUAUGGUGGCGGCGCAACAACACGGUGCUGUGGCGAACAUGCAACAGCAGCAACUGUCGACGAAUCAACAACAUUUGCAGCAGCAGUUUUCGCAGCAAGGCGUUCAACAACAAAUGCAGCCGCAAAGUUCCCCUUUCUUAACCGGCACCACGAGCAGCUUGAAUUCGAGCGCGGAACACUUCCAGCCCAACCAGCACAUCCACACGAUUGGGCUAGGCGGACAGAAUAAUAAUACUAGUGGUGGUCAGCAGCAGCAACAGAACAAUGCGAUGCAGCAGACGCAAUUUGGUGGAGCUGCAGGAACUACAUCAAAUAACCCCGUCGUGCAGAACGCAAUGCAACAAGCGGCCCAAAUGGGAAAUGCGGCGAUGGGAGGAAUGCAGCAGCAAUCGCAAAUGCAGCAACCGCAAAUGGCGUCGUUCCAGCAUCAACAGCAGCUGACGGCCAUGCAAGGGCAGCAAAUGCAGCAGCUACAGCAGCACACAUUCCAGCAGCAGCAGCAGCUACUCGCAGCACAGCAACAGCAACAGUUACAGAACAAUCCGUAUCAUGGAGCUGCCGGCACUACAACAGCCAUGAAUGCUGCUGCAACGUUGAUGGGUCAGCAGCAGCACCAAACAACUCAACAGCAGCAAGCUGCCUUUGGGCAAUUACAGCAGCAGCAGCAGCAGCAGCAGCAGCAGCAGCAGAUGCAUUCCAUGUCUACAGCUGCGCAAUCGCAACAGACAGGAGGACAGUUCAACAGAAUGCAGCAGACCGCUGGAGCUAUGACUACGCAGCACCAACAGCAGGCCGCGGCUGUGCAACAACAGUACGGGCAGCAGCAACACCCGUUAUUGCAGCAACAGACCGACCCGACUGACCCGCAGCAGAUGCAGAAGGUGGCCAUGCAGCAGAAGCUGAUCUACGAAAACUACGGAAUCGCCGCGCCCGAGCUGCAGAUGAUUCAGUACGUGUUUACCCAGAUUUCGUUGGAGCAGGACCCAAACUGGAAGGCCUACCUCGUCGCCUACGGCACGGACAUGUGUGAUUCGCACGUGUACACGCACCAGGACGGGCGGCCCAUGACCGAGCAGGAGCUGGCAAGUCAAGAGGUGAGGAGAAGAGCCUGGAUCUCGGACAAGGGGAUCAGCGAGGAAGUCUUCAAAAAUGUUUUGCAUCAGAUCAGGCUGAUUCAGAUGAAACAAAAAGAGAUGCUCGUCACCCAGAACCAGCAAAGACAAGUGGGCGUGGUGCCACAGCAACACGCACUGCAGCAGGGCGUCGGUGCGGUCGGAGUCGGUACAGAGAUUUUUGUUUUUUGAUUUAGAUUUUCCUGCUUUGUUUUUGUGCUUCGCUAACACGACCCUGGAGAUGAUAGAUUGGCAUUUGCUCGCUGAUCUAGAAGUAAAGUAUAAUAGUAAUUGCAGCUCGACGCUAGGAGGCCGCUAGUAGAGAUUUUUGUAGCUAAACGAGCAAUCAAUUAUUCGUUCUCUUUCUCUCAUUCAGGUUCCAUGGGCGGGCAUCCGGGCACCGUGGAGCAACAACUGGGGCAGCAGCAGCAACAGCACGCGGCUCUUGCGCAGCAGCAGCAGCAGAAUAACCCCGGGGCAGCGGAUGCUAAUGCGUCGUUGUUCAACCAGCGUCAGGGGGGAGCCGAGUUCCAGCAGAGGUCCGCAGUAGACCGGGAGCGCCAAGUGUCGCAGCAGUUAGCCGCACAACAGCAGCAGCACCAACAGCAGCAGCAGCACCACCAGCACACGACGAAUCAAGGUCGUCAGCAGCAGAAUAAUUGGAACCAGCACACCUCGUACGGAGGCAAUGCUGGCACAAACAAUGCUAAUACCCAGCAUCACGGGGGUCAGAACCAGCAUCACGGAGGUGGCUACCAUAACAGCCAGCACGGCAACAGCCAACAGUACGGGGGCAGCCAUUCUAGUAGUAGCCAAAUGCACGGGGCUAUUUCGGGGAACAACUCGCAGCAGAUGCAAAACACUGACUACAACCGCAACUUACAGGACGACUGGCGGUCAGGGCCGAGGCACACGCCCACGGGUGCUUAUCCGGCGGCGAGCAAGGGAGGCUACCACGCCGGGAAGCAAAGGCAGCAGCUCGGCGGGGCCAGCACCAUAUCGCCGCAAGCGCACGUAUGGAUUUUUUCGAUAUGGAUUUUUUGUGUUUAAAGUAUUUAUUUUCCAUCAUACGGGGGAUGAAGUCUACUGCGCCUCUUCUCUUGUUUUAUUGUACAAAGCAGCUUACUUACUAUCCAAAGUUAAAAUUCUUUCAACGAUCGCAUUUAUCGCGAAAUUCGAAACUACAGGGCCCCAACUCCUGGACGAACAACCAGCAAGGCAACUGGAACAGCCACAGCAACUGGGACCCCAACCAGGGCCGGAACUCCCGUACGUAUUCCCAGGGGGAAUCUAGUCAGUACGGGAACAACCAAAACUACUACAGCAAGGAUAACAGCUACGGGCGGAGCAAAGCGGGCUCGGGGUACUACGGUAACAACAACACUAACGCCGACAAUUCGCACCAUAAUGCGAGUCAGCACUACGACAGCAGCGGGUACACGUCCAACGCCUCCAAGGGGUACGGCGCGGACGCGCGGAACAACGCUUUGGAAAACGACGGACCGGGUGUCGCCAACAUCCAGGAUCUGGCGCGUCGCGUUGCCGCCAUGCCCCCCGUGGAACCGAACAAGCCCAGCUCGCGGGGCGGCACGGACGCGGGCGCAACCGACGGAGAAGAAGGAGGUGGACCACACAACAAUAAUACUCAGACCUCCUCCGCGACGCCCAAGCCGAGCUUCUUGCCGCCGCCCUUGCCUGAACAACAAGACGGGUCAGUUUUGCAGGGCAAGAAAGGCGCGGCAGGAGUGGGGAAGGGAGCAGGUAUCAUGUUGCAUACAACUGAAAGAGGUCCUUUUUGUGGUUGUGGUUGAUCAGGUUACAUGGAUUAUUUGUGUGGGUGCCUGUUAAUAUAGUACCGGAGGAUUUUUUUCAACCGUAGCCAUGAACAGCACUCGCGAUGUAGUAGUACUACGAGAAGUUCUUGUACUGGAGAUGAAUAGGAACAGCAGCAUAUCAAAUGACCAAAAAUCUUUACAGGUAGAAGACACGGCAGUGGUUCUUGGCGACAACCCGAGACCGAGGCAGGGGCCGAUCCCGAAGAGGAGCUGCCGUCCUUUGCAAACCUGGGACCCCUAAUCGCGGCGAUGGAAGGUAUGAAAUGUGGGAAAAUUAUAAUCGCAAAUGAACUUUUUUAAAAUUUUUCAAUUGCUGGCCGCGCAGAUGCAUGAUCUUGAUUUUCAUACCAUGUCGAAGUCGGCAUCUUGACGAUCUUCGUGUCCAAGUAAAUGCUGGUUUAUUUUCAGGUCCAAAACCCAAGGAGCCUGCUACCGCCGGAGAAGAUGAUAUGCCCGCCAAGGAAAAAACCGAACAGAGUCUAGAAGUGCCAGUUGAGGAGGUACUUAUAGUCUUUUUCUUUCUGUAUUUUCUGUUGUAUUUACAACAUUUCCACAAGGUGCCUAAUCGCUCGCGAAAAUGUAAUGAGUUUGUUGCGUAUGAUUGUGAUUCCGGAAGGAAUUGUGUACUGCUGAAGCUUUGUCAACCAUCUGAGGCACACCAAACCACUCUACAACGAUUAACAGACGCCCCUCGUAACCCCAAGCGACAUGGCUGUAUCGACCACGACCGCAGCGACAGGAACGACCGCGACCGCAGCAUUGAUAAUACCUGCUUCAUCUUCACUUCAGCAAGAAGGAACUACAAAAGAGUCAUCCUCCACUUCCCUCGACCAACGUAACGCGCAAAGUAACCAGCACGAAAGUAGUUAUAGCAGUCUCUACAACAGCACCAAAACCAGUACAACUGGGGCAGCAGGAGGUGCAGCAGCAGGAACUGUUGUAUCAUCCUCCGCAGGAGGAACUGUUGCUGCUUCAGUCCAACAACAGCAUCAUGGCGACAGCUCUUCCUCGCACAGUAAGGAGGGUGCGGAUUGCGUAGUUUCCCCAAUCGUUUUGCAGCGGAACAAGGGCGCCGUAUUAUCUUCCUCCACUUCCACCAGCGACAAGAAAAAAGCGACCCACAGCAUUGCGCCUUGGGCAAAUUUGAACCGAAACAAGGGCCCCGGCGGGGGGGAUCCGGGAAACAGUCCAGAAGCUGCUGUAGGGGCUCCUGGGGGCGGCAGUAAUUCAGGAACAAAUCAAUCCCAGCAGCAGCAGCGACACGAUAUGAACCCGGCGACGGCAGCGGGGAAAACCUUAUCCUUUCCGCCUUUGGGAGGCGCACAGGCUAUCACCGGAGACCCGGGUAGUCCGGAGGCGGGUCUGGGUGGAGGUGUUGUUGGUACUAUCACGUCCGCGACCAACAGGUCUUCGAGUAGUAGCACUGGUGCAGCAGGAACUUCUACAAAUAAACACGACAGUGCUGGCCUUGUGCAGCUGCAGAGAAAUAACGUAGAGCAGAACAGAUCCACAAUGUCAGCGUCCUCGACCACGACCGUUCCGCAGACCUCCGUUGGUGCCGCGCCGGACGCGCGGAGUGGUAGUCUGCAGUCCUCUGGGCAGGAGGACACACUGAGCUCGGGGAUGGUGGACGAACAGAACCCUAACGUGUUUCUUGCCUCCAACAAGCCUAAAUCCGCGUCCAGUAGCAAAAACACCACGACAAGUUCGUCUACGAUGAAAACGGUGGUAGAUCCAAGGCUAGGUGGUGGGGGAGGUAGUUCACUCCCGGCACAACAUCAGCUGCACAACACAACCGGGUUGAGUAAUAGUAGCCAAAUAAGCAACGGGGCCGCGACUAUGAACCAGCAGAGUGCAGGAGCAGCAGCCUCCAAUACCAGUAGCAGCCAAACUGGUCCUAGACAGGGCAACCGGAAGAAAGAGGCGAGUCAGGAGGUCAGCCUCGACACAUUUCGCGAUGACCUGUUUGCGAAGGCGACGGUGGGGCUGUUGGAACCUAUGGGCUUCAUGCCCUGGCGCACGAUACCGGACAGCAUCAUUUUCCAAGUUUCCGAUGACCAGUCGAGGAACCCGCGCGGCGGGGGAGGCGGGGGCAACAACGCCCGAGAUCUCAGCCUCCGGAGAGACAAGUGGGCAUUCCUGGCGGAAAGAAAAGUCCCGAAUCACAUACAGAGUAUAAGAAAUGAAUAAUUUUUAUUUCAUCUACAUGCUCCUGUUAGUUUUAAGUUGACUGCAGGGCGGCUCGUCUUGGCAAGCUGCUAGUACCAAUCUUCGCGGAAUGUUGGAGGUUCUUUCCCCCUCACCAGUCGAAGAAUUCUGAGUUCUUCGCCACGGCGUGCAAUUUUUCAUUCUGAGUUUGACCAUCUUGCUCAUUGUUAUCUUCACCCAAGAAUUAUGAUAUAAAAACAGACUGCCGAUUCGAGAACCCAGAGGACCUGAAGCGGUGUGCGACAGACUUCGAGUCCAGCGUUGAGCCGUAUGGAAUCGAUCGCGUGGCGCUCACUUUUGACGAAGUCGACUUCCUAUUCUCACGAAGCAGGGCGGAGUACAAAACCGGCCAUGAGCGGGUACCUUUGAAUAUGAGUUCAUUCGUUUGAAAUCGAAGAAGAUCGAUGUGUAGAAGUUGUCCUCGCCGCAGAAUUCAACAUCGCUGAUAGAUUGAGAUAAGUAGUACUUUGAAACUGAUGAACACACCAUUCCUCAGGCCGACGUGUGCCAGACGGUUACGGGCGCGAAGUUGAUUUGUCCCGGCAGCCACACAGACUGGAAGAAGAAGGCGAAUCUUUUCCCCGCGGCGAUCAUGGGAAACAAGACGGACCGGAAGCGCGCCCGGUGCCUGGUCGCGCUCUGGCGGUUGCAGGCCAAAAUGUUCACCGUAGCGGAAGGCAGCUCCCCGCGGCAGGGGAAGCGGGCCAUUUUGGACGUGACGGAUUUGCUCGGGCUGCCGGAGGUGCAAGCGCUUCCCGUGUGGGACCGCCCGGAGUUAAUCCGGCUGCAAACCACGGAAGCGUUUCCGCAGAGAAAAAUUUACGAUCUGGAACACCACUUCAAAAAGCAGGUAUAGAAGUUUCUUUCCAAAAAUAAGCGGCUAUUUUUGCUGUUGGUCGUGUAGUUCAGAAGGUCGUGCACCGAUUGGUGCUUCAGCUUGAAUGUCGAAGAUUUUCGAGACAUGGUACGGUUUGAAUGUUGCAACGUUGUAAAGGUCAGCGCUUGAUGUUGAGCAUACCUACCCCAUGUUUUUUUGCGCGUACUUGUCCAUUUCAAAAAACCCGGAACUACGUGCCUCCAAAACUGUCACUAUCAAACCACAGCUCUGCGUGUUUCCCUGUGCGAAGGCCACGCCCGGGAGCACGGACAAGCGCGAGUUUUUCUUCUACAUCAUGCGCGCAAGGGACCACAAACCGCUCCCGCCGGGGCCUGGAAACCACCAAAAUCAUAGCAACGACGGGACUGCCUGCGUAACGGAUGAAAACGUAUACUUGACCACUUAGUACCUGUUUUUUUCUUGUGUAUCAGUAUGAGGUUUCGACGUUUGGGACGUGUCCUCUUGUCUUUUGGAAGAUGUUCGUUAUGUGCUUCGAAAAAAGAAGUAUUGAAAAAAAUACGUACUUAGUCAAGAUUCUACUCAAGAUUGAUGAAAAUCAUCACAGCUCGCCGCCUACAUCAAAGUUCAUUUUGCCGCGCAGUCGGUGAAUGGGCGGAUGGCCGCGGAGCCCCCGAACCCUUGCCGGAAGGGCGACAGCCGCACGAAGCUCGCGCUAUCCCUAUCAAAUGCAAAAAUGUCUGGGUCUAGAAGAUUACCAGGUUUGUCAUGCAUAUUUGGAAUGGCCCAUGAUGUCUGUGAUGCAUGCCCUAGCAUCAUAGAUUUUUAGAGGACUUUGCGAUGCCUCUGCCGCAUGAGAAAUGCCCUCUCCGCGUGCCACAAACUGGAGUUCUCUGGCUGGUCAUGCAAUACAAAUUUUUUACAAUCCAGCGACAGCAUUACAAGUCUAGAACCUUCCAGACCCAGACAUUUUUGCAUUUGAUAGUCCCCCAAGGAGAUCGAAACCCUGCUGGGGAACGGGGUGGAGCGGCUCGGCGUCUCUGCCAAAGCCGUGGGGGAUGACGCCAUGAUUUCACGGAAGUUGAUAUCCUCAGCAAAAACGUCCCCACCCCAGAGCUGUAAUGCAAAUGCGCAAUGACAGGAACAUUUGUAAUGCGCAUCCCCAUGAGAGGCAUUUCUAUUUCUAAUCGUGAUUUGGCAUUUGUAAUGCUGUAAACAGGAUGAGAAAUUGGCUUUCUCAUGCGGCUUGCCUUGCUAAGCACCACUAUACUAGAGACGGAAAGAACUUGUCAUGCACAACUCCCAAAGGUUGGGGAUUUGUGUUGCAGAUUUGCCAACUUGACUAUGGGGUGGGGACGUUUUUGCUUACGAUAGUUGAAGGACUUGAAAAGACUCACGUACGACGAGGGCAGGCCGUUGGAUCGGAGGUUCAUUUCUCAGUGCGAGGGAAAAGCAGUAGAUAUUUUCCAUCUGCAGUGCAUCACUGGUGGUGGUAACAACACCGGCGGAGGGUCCAGCUCUAGUUCAUCUUCCAAAGGGUCCAGCAACAGCGGCGGUGCGACACAGCAAGCACAGAACUCUAACACAACAACUUCUGGGGCGGGAAACGUCACUCCUGUAAACGCAAAUUCCGACAGAGGUUUAAUAUCUUCCAGCAGUACAACUACUGCCAGGACACCCACGGGAGCGACGUCAGCAGCGGGUUCUGGUAGUGCGCCGGGAGGAGCACCAGGUGGUGGAUCAACAGGAGCUUCGGGCAAUAGCAGUGGUACUAACCAAAGUGCAGCAGCAAUAGGGGAACAACAUCAACUGCAUCAACCCAUACCUCCGGCCUCUCCGAACAACCCGGGAUCGACUCCUGCUCUGUCCGCGACGGAUCUGGUCGACUGGUUCCAGCAACGAAAAAAGAUUCUCGAGAAGGCGACCGGGGUUACGGAUUCCGCAGUGGUGGCACUAACAGGGAAUAAUAGUGGGAACAGCACAAGUCACUCCCCAACGGCUAGCUCCGUCUCUCCCUCGGCGAAUGGGGGCAUGCGGGCCGCUGGAAAAGGGGGAAAGUUGUCGGAUUCCCAUUUUUACCAGUACUCCGCGAACCACGACGGGGACAGUCUUUGCGUGGUGGUAUUCGGCGAGCUAUCAAACGUAAAAAUGUCUGGGUCUGGAAGAAUCCGAACUUGUGAUGCUGCAUUUGGAUUCUAAAAAAAUUUGUAUUGCAUGACCAGCAAAGGGAAUGCAAUUUUGGCUACGCGGCGAGGGCAUUUGUCAUGCGGAAUACGCGUCACGAAGCCCUCAAAAAGUCUGUGAUGCUAGGGCAUGCAUCACAGACAUCGUGGCCCAUGACAAGUUUCAGAAUCUUCCAGACCCAGACAUUUUUACAUUUGAUACGAGCUAGAACAGAGGACGAAGUUCAGGAAACUCUUGCUUGCGGUCUACAAGGCGUUUACGAAUAGUGGAACGGACGUGUUUCACAUUUUAGAUUCGUGUCUCUCCCCGCCCUAUCCCAUAGAGAUGUUUGUCUACGUCACCUCGGCGAACAAUGCGGGGAACAAACCUGGUGGACAAGGCAAGGCGUACGCGAAAGGAAGCAGCCCGCAUCUGGUCAUGGGGGAAGUUUUGGUACUUGUUUAUAAAUAUGCUCCUUGAACAGUUUCUCUAUUAUAUCGAUUCAUUUUCGGUGGCCAUGAUUUUACGCCCCUUCGAUUAUAGUAGUGAAAAAAAUGUUGAAAAUUUAUCUCGGGAAGAUGUUGAAAAGCAAUUACCUACACAGGACCUGGAGAGCAAAGAUCAGCUGAAACUGUGCUUCAGUGACGCGCAGCGGACAAGGUACCAGCUAGUUCCAGUUGGGAGUAAGCCACCGGUAGAUGACAAAUGGAGCUACAAGGUAAGUGUGCCAACAAAUACAACCUCGGCGUCCUCUCCCAUCUGAAGACAGUUUCGUUGUCCUGGACGAGCAGCAAGGACUGAAAACCCCAAUAGUAAAGUUCUUCACAUCAUGUAGACCCGCUCGGAGUAAACACGACGACCCCUAGUAGAUAAGAGUAAAGUUGUGCUGGUUUUUCUUUUUACACGAAAAUUGGCGACGAUAUUGUACCAACUUCUUCCCCACAUGUAAAUAAAAUAGUCGGCGACGAAUCUUUUUCCCCGUUUUUUUUGAUUUAAAUCAGACGACGCAUAGUUAUUUUGUUGUGCUGGUGGAUCGUCGAUACUGUGCUAGAAGAACAGGAGCAGCUUGCUCCUCUGCGUCGUCCGCACGGAUAAACCUGAUCCAGCGUUCUUUCUCGCCGGCGCUGGCACAGGUCAGCAUGGCUGGUAGCUUUGCGGCUGUUCUAAAAAUAGAGUACUUUACAAACAACUACUCUCUUUCCAUCAAAAACCUAAAAGAACAAUGGGUCCAGUGAUACGGACUCUACUUUCUGUCCGGAAGUAUACAAAAAAGAUAUCCGAAGAGCAAAACCCGCUUCAGCAGUGUGUUUUUUGUUAUACUUCGGCUAGUCGUUGUAAAAGCUUCAGCAACUCCAGGCGCAGGAGUACUAUUAUAUGCCGAGGCGAAAAACAACUGAUUCUAUACUUUGAAACUGAUUAUUUCUGAGACACCACUUGGGUGGAUAUUACAAUUACGUAUCUAAAUUAUUACACAGCACGACGCCAAUCAGCACACGCAAACAAAUAGGACCAAGAACAGGCAGCGAACUUUUUUUGGUCUUAGUUCUUCUCGUUGUACUUCUACCUUGCGCUGUGCGAUUGGUCGUUGUGAAAGCACCAGUUUUCAAAUUUUUCUCUCUGAUUACUUCGAAAAAAUAAAGUAUGCGACGCUAUUGAGAUCAUAAAUAUCCGUCGGUGCAGCUGUUGAGGAUCUACUUCACUGGAGGAUGUUCACAUUAGCGGCAUCAUAUCAUAAGCCAACGAUUUAUUCAUCGUUGGCCUCUACCUACGCAGAAGAUCUUACUCACUAACUUGUCUCAGACGCUGUACCCCCGACAGAAUUAGGUAUCAUUCGAUGUAAUUUAUUUCACGACAAUAAGAACUGAACAAGACGCACGGGCGCCUCCACAAAAGAGGACUUCUCCUCUUCUGUGCGGCAAUUAUCAAGCUUUUUUCGUCACGAGGG